AGCUUUUAAGUCCGGGCAUAAAGCCGGGACAAACAGGCUCUCUACCUCUCUACCUCAGAAUACAGGACAAGAACCAAAGAGGCAAUGAACAUGUAAAACACUAAAACCUCUGCAAGAUCACUAAACCAAAUUGUAGCAACCAUGGUACUAGACCAACAACUAUUGUUCCUGUCCUUGCGCUCUCUAUUCUUUGUCUUAGUUUUUCUGUAUAUAUGGUUUUCAACCAGAACAACCGGCAAAAAUCUGCCUCCUUCUCCUCGAAAAUUACCUAUAAUUGGAAAUCUUCAUCAGGUCAAACAAGACCCGCAUGUAGCACUAAGAUCUUUGUCUCAAAAAUAUGGUCCUGUCAUGCAACUCCACUUCGGAAGUGUGCCUGUUCUUGUUGUGUCCUCAGCUGAUGCAGCUAAGGAGAUCAUGAAGACCCAUGAUCUCACUUUCGCGAACAGGCCUGACUCGACUAUCUGGAGCAGAAUCUUCUAUAAUGGCAAGGACGUGUCCUUUGCUCCUUAUAGUGAAUACUGGAGACAGGUGAAAAGUAUUUGUGUCACUCAGCUGCUGAGUAACAAAAGAGUUCAAUCAUUUCACAACGUUAGAGAACAAGAAGUAGGCCUUUUGGUCCAACAUAUCAAAGAUUCGGGUUCAGAUAUAGUAAAUUUGAGUGAUUUGACCUAUACACUUCAGAGUAAUGUGGUGUCCAGGAUUGCUCUAGGAAAAAAAUAUACUAAUUCUACUGAAGACGGCGAGGAAAAUUCAUUUAGGGAACUGUUUCAGAAUAUAGCUCAGUUGAUUGGUUAUUUCAGUUUUAGUGAUUAUAUUCCAUGGCUGUACUGGAUUGAUUCUUUAAGCGGUCUGAAGGGGAGGGUUGAGAAAGCAGCUAAUGAGAUCGAUGCUUUCCUAGAAGGUGUGAUCAGAGAUCACAGUAGUGCAUUAAGUAGCGGUGCUUCAAGCGAUGACCUUCUGAAAACUUUGCUUGAGAUUCAGAAACAGGAUUCAGAUUCUGCCUUCUCUAUUGAUAAUGAUUCCAUUAAAGGCAUUAUCUUGAAUAUGUACUUUAAUGGGACUGAUUCAACAUCAGCAGUAUUGGAGUGGACAAUGGCAGCAUUGAUUAAACACCCGGACAUCAUGUAUAAGUUGAAGAAUGAGGUGAGAGAGAUAGGAAGGGGGAAAUCAAGAAUUGAUGGGGAUGAUCUGGAGCAAAUGCCCUACUUGAGAGCCGUGAUUAAGGAAAGUAUGAGACUUUAUACUCCAGUUCCGCUACUAGUAGCUAGAGAAGCGAUGCAGGAUGUGAAAGUCAUGGGAUACGACAUGAAAGCUGGAACGCAGGUACUGAUCAAUGCUUGGGCAAUUGCAACAGACCCUGCUUUGUGGGAUAACCCAGAGGAAUUUAUCCCUGAGAGAUUCUUGAACAGCCCUCUUGAUUAUAAAGGUCUGCAUUUCGAGUUCAUUCCAUUCGGAGCAGGAAGAAGAGGCUGCCCUGGAAUCCAAUAUGCCAUGGCCAUCAAUGAGCUUGCAUUAGCAAACUUGGUGCACGUAUUUGAUUUUGCAUUGCCUGAUGGAAAAAAAUUUGAGGAUUUGGAUAUGGCUUCUGAGACAGGAAUGACUGUUCAUAAAAAAUCACCUCUACUGGUAAUUGCAACUCCACGCAUCUAGUCAUCUUUCCAUUCCUUAAUAAGUCCCAAAUGUUACUGUAUGGUAAUGUCUAAGUUAUGCAAGACAAUGCAACAUUGUAUUAUUCAAAUAGACUAUUGAUUGUAAUAUUGUGACGAUGAUUUGUAAUAUUGUAACCAGGUGAUUUGUUGCC